AUGAUGCCGUUUAUUGCCGCUCCCAAGUCUCGAGGUACAUAAUAUAUACAGCGCCAGUUGAGCAAGUGUUCUGCUCGAAAUUGGCUGAUGUUAUAGUGUGUGGAAUAGAUGUCAACAGGCACUAAUAGGCUCAAAUUCAGUGAGCGCGUUUGCAACAAUAAUCGAGUCUAGGCUCACUUUCUCGAACAUUUUCGGCGGUAGCAACUUUACUUCUUUCUUUUAGAAUCGGAAAAGAUGAGUGUUUGCCUGGUUGGAAGCUGGGCAAAGGUUCCGAACGGUGAGGACGGUCACGAUAUGGCUGAGAAUGUCUUUUUGAAUAGGUUAGUUUAUUCUUUGAGAAUGAGUGAAGCAAACUAAUACAGAGACAACAUCGCUCCGCUGCCUGCGGAUAAGCAUUACCUUGCCGACUUUCGCGAGAAACAUCCGGAUGUGAAAGCUGCAUUGGUUAAUGGGAUUGACUGUUUCGAUGAUCAAUACUUUGGAGUAGGAUUAGGAAGAGUUGUUUUUUAAAAUUAGAAAAUUGAAAAUUAAAGACUGGAGAGUCGGAGGCCAUUUGCAUGGACCCACAGCAAAGAAUGUUGAUGCAAGGUGUGAUCCUCGCGUUGGAAAAUGCCGGAAUUACCAUUGAAAUGGCCUCGGAAGCUCGUGUCGCGGUCUACACGGCUGCUUGGUGCUACGACUACAAAGACCUUCUGCCGCCAGAUCAGUACAUGGCUACUGGAAACUCUGCCAGUGUCAUGUGCGGAAGAAUCACUUACUUCUUGAACUCUCGUGGUGCUGCCGUCGGAAUCGAAACUGCUUGCUCUUCUUCUCUCGUUGCUCUUCAUCUAGCGCGUCAAGCUAUUCUUAGCGGUGAAACAAAACUUGCUCUUGUCUGUGGAGCAAAUCAUGUGGGAUCGAGGUAUGAAAGGAACCUCGACGCGCUUUUUUGACAGUUUCUUUCAGAUCUUUCCAUUCUCUCUACAAUUCUCACAUGGUUUCUCCAAACGGCCGCCUUGCUGCAUUCGACCGCUCUGCAAACGGAUUCGUCCGAGCUGAGUCGUUCGCUGUUGCCGUUCUUUGCUCAAAACAAUUCGCGGAAGAAAACAAUCUGCGAGUCCAUUGCGACUGUAUCGGUUCUGCGUUUAACAGCGAUGGAAAAACUCCCUCGCUGACUGCUCCAAAUCCAAUUUCUCAAUAUGAGGUGGAGAUUUCAGCUGUUCUCAUCUUAGGCUUUGUUUACAGGUUCAACUGGAAGCGCUCAAAAAUAUUGAUAAACAAACAGUUCAACUGGUUACUUGCCAUGGAACUGGAACAAAACUUGGCGAUCAAAUUGAACUGACCGCCAUCAAAACGUCUUUCAAGCCAGAUAUCAAAGUCAUGAGCCCUAAAAGGUAAGUUUUCGCGCGCGAAUGAACAAAGUGUUAAUCUACUUGUUUUGAGCUCAAUGGGGCACGGAGAAGGAGCCGCGGGGCUUAUCGGCGUCCUUCAAUCUCUCUAUUCCAUGCAACAUGGCAUUAUCCCCAACCAACUGCACCUUCAACUGGCUUCCGAAGAUUUGGGGAAUGAGAAGUCGAUGGUGUUUGUGAACGAGGAAAUGGAUUUGAAGAGGGUAGCAAUUAGCUCGUAUGGAUUUGGAGGAACGAAUGCGUGCGCGAUUCUCGAGAAGACGGAGCCAAUUGUAGCCCAAGGGCAGUCAUAUGCAGAGACCAAAGUUCUUUUCUUGUCUGCCAAGAGCCACGAGUCACUGAAGUUGAAAAUAGAAGAGUAUGCCGAGUUUUUGGAGCAGUCGGACUCUUCCCUCGAUGACAUUCUCUACACCGUUAAUGAGAGAAAGACUAAGUAUGACGUACGUGCGGCAGUUUUUGGAAAAAAUAGAGAGGAAAUGGCGGAAAAGCUGAGAAAAGGAGAUUAUUCUCUGACAAACUCAAACGAAGGAACUUUCGAAGUAGAGUUUGGAGAGGGAAAUGAGAAGCUGUGGCUGCUGAGAAUGUUGUAUGAGAGAAACGAGACAUUCCACUCGGCCGUCGACAAGUACUGCAAAUUAGCAGAAUCGUGUGGUUUUCCAGAAGCGAGAACUGCCCUUUUCUUCCCUUUCAAACUCACACUCACUCCAUUAACCUACAAUGUGUCGCGCCUCAUUUCGAGCAUGGCCACUUUUGAACUUCUCGUUCAAUACAAUACUCUUCCUGAAAAACUGAGAGGAAGAGGGAUGGGUCAGAUAUUCUGUCUGGCCGCCGCCAAAGUCGUCACUUUCGAACAGGCUGUUCAACUAAUCAAGGGAGUUGUCGCUGAAGUAAACAUCUCCGACAUUUUGGCAGGCAUUGAUUUGAAGUCUUCGAAGAUUCCGAUUGAGAUUCAAAAUAUUAAGAGUUCUGUGAAAAAAGUUCUCCCAACUUAUAUCAGUGGAGAGUUGAGCGCAACUGCUCUUCCAAACUUGAUGACGUUCAAAGUGAAUGGAGAAGAAGUCGCAGAGCUGGAUCCUAUCAGAAAGGUUCAGAAACUAAACUGUCAGUUGUUUGCGUCAGGAUUCGAUCCAGCUAUCAAAUUCCGAGGACAGAUUGUCAAAACUCCUGGAUACGCUUUCCUCAAGAGACGAUUCUGGCCAGAGCCGUUGACAUCAGCAACAACUGCGACAGCGGUAUCUGGUCACAAUGAGAAUGAGAUUUCCAGCGGUCUCAGUCCGGAAGAAAUCGACAUAUCAGUGCGAGAAAUUGUGAAAAGAUUCUUAGAUAUUGAAGAAAAUGAUGUCAAUUUGUUGGAGACGGGCGCUGUCGACUCGCUGACGUCAAUCGAAAUGGUAGAAGCAUUUGGAUCUGCUGUUGGACAAACUAUGCCGUUUGAUCUUUUGGAAACCCAUCCGACUACUCAACACAUCAUUGAUUAUCUCAAAACUCUUGUCGCAUCGGCACCAACACCAAAAAUGUCCGUAGCUCAAAAGAGGUCGAUUUCUUCUACGACAACAGGUGUGAAUGUCAUCUCAUCCGACUUCAUGUUUGCCGGAGUGGAUGGAGAAAAAGAGCUAUGGGAUACUCUUCUUACGUCUAAAUUAGUCACCGGUACAGUUUCGGAGACCAGAAGGAAGCAAUGCGAGGGAGAUUCUGGUCUAGAAGUCGGAUUGCUGAAACAUGACAUUUCUCUGUUCGAUAAUUCGUUCUUCUCCAUUGCAAAAGACGAAGCUGAAUUCGUGGACCCGCAACAUCGCCUUCUACUCCAUUCUGCCUACAAUGCUCUCGAGAAAGCGGGGCUUUCUGCUGUUCCAGAUGCGGAUCUGUUCUUGGCCAUCAGUUCUCACUCGGAGUAUCGUGCAAUGGCUGAGAAGCACGCGGAAGAGCUUGACGAAAGACUGUGGAUGGGAACUGUGCACAGCAUGGCCGCUGGCAGACUUGCUGCUCUUAUGGGUAUUCGCGGAAGAGCUAUUCUGGUAGAUACGACGUGUUCAUCUAUUGCAACGGCUUUGGAGAUGGCUGUGAAUUCUAUCAGAGAAGGUCUUAAUAAAAAUACCUGCCGGUUCUAAUAACAUUAACAAUUGUAGGAAAGCAAUACGCAGUUGUUGCUACAAGUCAGCUGAUUCAAUCCUCGAAAUGGCUAUAUUCCCUUAGAACACUUUUGGAUCACCAUAACACAAAGUCAUUCUCGGUCGAUGGAACCGGAUUCUGUCGUUCUGAUGGUGUCGGUGUUAUUAUUCUUAAAGCUGCUCAACCAGAAGAUUUGGCUCUAAUUCGAAUUUCCCAUGCAAAGACCCAUCAUUGUGGUGCAGUUAUCACACCAGUCGUGAGUGCCAUUUCACAACUUCUGGAGGAUGUCGGUGAUAUUUCUUAUGUUGAAGGUGAAUUUAGAUUUGAUGAAAUAAAACUCAAAAACGUGUAAUAUCAGGUCAUGGAACUGCAACUAUUGCUGGGGAUAGUGCUGAGUCAUUGGCUUACCAGAAAUUGGAUCAGGAGUUGGUGAUGUCUUCUGUGAAAGUGAGUCAAGUUAGAAAUUACUGGAUUAGUUGGAACGCACUUAUCUCAGGCUCAAUUCGGUCAUUGCGAAGUCGCGUCUGGACUCAUUCAACUCAUGAAAGUUGCAUCGCUUACCAAAUACGGAAUCAUUCCUGCUAUAGUUCACAACUUUUUACCAAACGAGCACAUCCGGUAUGUUUCAUUUGAAAGCUCGUUACAUUCUACUCGUGUUUUAAGACACAAUGAUAACAUUCGUCUUCCUUUCGUCUCGGAAGAAUGUGAUAUUGACCGUUCUGCGAUUGUUUCGUUUGGAAUCACGGGCACAAAAACCGUUGUCACUACAGAAAAGAUUGAGCCAAAUGAGAAACUUUCCACUCCUAACUUUUUCUUGUUCCCGGUUAGUGCUAAAACAAAGGAUGGACUCAAAAAGGCAAUUUCAUCUCUUAUUGAAAUGAUCGACAACACAAAUGAAAGCCUCCAUGACAUUUCGACUACUUUGCAAAAACAAAAAACCAAUUUCAAAUGGAGAAAUGCGGUCGUAGGAAGCAACCACUCACAAGUUGUGCAGAAUCUUAAAAAGUAAGUAUAUUGUGUAGCUUAACACCAUAUAAAUGUUUAUUUUAGAAUCCUUACCACGGAAGAGAAAAAAACAUUCACUAACUGGCAUGUUUCUACCUCACCACACUCAAUUGGCUGCUCAUCCUUCUUCAGUAACAUUCCUGAAUUCGAAAACAACUACUCCACAUUCUGCAACCGUCUUCGCUUUCAACCACAUUCCGACACUGAGUCUACGUAUCACUUGCUAGCAGUCACGUACGCGCUUUUGAAAAUGAUGAUCUGCCACAAAAUCACAAAAUCAUUUGCCGUCGCCGGGUCGAACAGUCUGGUCCUGCUGGCUGCUAUCGAUGCGGCUCCUUCACACUACCUCAAUGACCUUCUGCAUGCAUUUGUCAACAAUGAUAUCAGAAUGAUGAAGCGCAUUGCUCGAGAUGUCACCAUUCAAAUUGAGAACAUUGAAAUCCUGAAUUUGAAGGGAGAAGCCAUUACCACUGCCAGGCAAGCAGUAGAAGCAGCGAUUGAAACUGAACCGAAGAACACACGUCUUCCUGAAGACACGUUGAUCCUCAGUCCGAAUGAAACUUACUUGGAUGCUGAGGCUCUGCAAACCAUAUCCAACUAUUACGAAUUCAUCAGAGAGAAGUACAUCCGAGGAGGAGCUAUAGAUUUUGUUCACAUCUUUGGAAAACCUGGACGAAUUGUUCACUUGCCAGAGUAUCCAUUUAACAGAAAAUCAUUCUGGCUCCCAAUCCCCGAAAAGUCGGAGUCAGCCACUGGUCCCCGAGACUACGAGUUCCUUCUCAGCAGUGAAACCUGGAAACACGUGAAGAAUCAUGUCGUCGACCUUCAAAUCGUACUUCCGGGCGCAACUUCCAUCCGAUUGGUGCAUGAGCUGAACGGAAAACAUCCUGUUGCUUUGAGCAAUGUCGACUUUUUGAACAAAAUAACUCCGUCCGAGCUGCCGAUCGUUGUGAAAAUGAAACAAGAAAAUAACAUUGCGACUUUGGUGUUCGGAGCGCAAGACGCUAUCAGUUUCACUUUCUCCAAUUUGCAGAAUGUUGGUUUAAUUGCUGACGAACGACUUCAAGCUGAGAUACUUUAUACUGACGACAUCUACCAACGAUUCUCAACAAGUCAACUAACGUACCGAAAUGAAUUCCAAAUGCUCAGUUCCAUUCGGCGUUCAACUGGUAAAGGAGAAGCCCGUUUCGUGGAAAUCAAGGAUUUGGAUGUUCUCAUAGACGGAACACUUCAAGCAAUUGUCAUGUGCUACUUUUUGGAGAACGUUCAUGACUAUAGUGCAUUUGUACCGUUCACAAUUGACAAGAUUUCCAUUGUUCACAGUGUGAUUUCGGAGAAAUUGUUGCAUGCUGUGCUCACCUAUGAUUCCUCCGAAAACUUCAUCACUGGAGACGCAACAGUCUACGACAAUCAAGGAAAUGUCGUUCUCCAUAUUGCGAAUGUCACAUUCAAGCGGUUAACUGGACAAUCUGCCCCUUCAGUCUCCUCAAAAACCGUGAACACUUCCAAAAUCCGAAAAAGUGUUGAGAACGAGGAAGCAAAACGGGAAGCAAGAAACAUGUUACACUUGUGGUUUGAGGAAAACUUUGGUUGGACGGAUAUUGAUGACACUACAGGAUUCUUUGAUCUUGGCCUCACAUCUAUUCAGGCAGUCAAACUAAGGAAUGCGAUCAAAUCAAACUUCCCGGAUGCUUCUUCGACUUGUGUGUUCGACUAUUCAAGUAUUCAACUACUUUCCGGAUAUCUGUCCACACUCCACAACUCCACUGCUGUUGAAAAUGAAGAUGGAGACGAUGCAGUUAACAAAGAGCUGAAAGAAGUUAACGAUCAACCUCCGACUCGUUUGGCUCAAAGUCCGAUUGGUGUUAUGGCAGCUUCUUGCCGACUUCCUGGAGGUGUGGCUUCUCCGGCAGAACUCUGGGAGCUUUUGAAGAUAGGAAAGAAUGCAUCUUCAAGAAUUCCAGCGACGAGAGUACCAACGAGAAAUACUUUAAUAUCAGGUGAGUUUCCAUGUAUCCAUACAAUACUUCUGUUUGCUAUUCAUUUCCAGGAACAAAGUACGGAAACCCGGUGGAAGGUGGCAAUUUCAUCCAACAAGAUGUCAGUCAGUUUGACCCAGCUUUCUUCAAAAUCUCAAAAAGCGAGGCUGAGUUGAUUGACCCUCAGCAGAGAAUUCUGUUGGAAUGUGUUCAAGAGUGUCUGGAGAAUAGUGGAGUGACGGAGACAAGCGAUGUCGGAGUCUUCGUCGGUUUGAUGGAGAAAGAGUAUCAGGACAUGAUGGAGUCUUCCUCCAUUCUUGCUAUGCUCGGCUCAAUGGCAGCUGUGAUUGCUGGCAGAGUCAAUUACGUUUUCGGUUGUCACGGUAACAUUUUCAAAGGUGUUUUAAUAAUCUGAUUUCUCUCUUGCAGGUCCAUCGGUUACCAUCGACACAGCUUGCAGUUCUUCACUUGUUGCUCUCGAAAUGGCCAUCAAUGCUUUGCUCGACAACCGCUGUUCCAGAGUCAUUGUUGCUGGUGUCAAUCUCAUUCUGAAUGAAAGAGGUGAAACUAAAAGAAUCUAAAUCAAAUUCCAAUAAUUUUUUUUCUAGGACAAGGUCUUCGUACAAAUGGAAAAAUGUUGUCACAGCACGGAAUGUCGUUGAGCUUCGAUUCGCGUGCAUCCGGCUACGGUCGCUCUGAUGGUUGUGUCGUUCUUAUGUUGGAACUGGCAAAACCAAACUUCCACUACAUGUCCACUAUUCAAUCAGUGAACGUGAAUCAUGGCGGACGCAGUGUCUCUUUGACGGCUCCCAACGGCGUUGCUCACAAAAUGUUGCUAACUAAUGUGAUCAACCAAAGCCCGUCGCUAUCCAUAGAUUACUGGGAGGCUCAUGGAACAGGCACACCGCUCGGAGAUCCAAUCGAGUUCAACACGCUGUCAUCGAUCUUGCAAAACAUCCUUAUUGGUUCGGUCAAGGCUUCCCUCGGACACGGCGAAGCUUCAGCCGGAACGUGCGGCCUUCUCAAGCUGUUCUUGAUGCUCACUUAUCAAUAUGUGCCGACAUUGAUUCAUUUCCACGUUUUGAACAAAGAUAUCAAUGCCGGAAGCAUCAGACUUCCGAUCAUUGGAGAAGACGCCGAUCUGGUGUCUGCUGGAAUCAGUUCGUUCGGAGUGAGCGGUACAAAUGCGGCCGCCAUUGCAUUCAACGAUAACAACAAGCUGGAGCCAUACGAUGCUAUUCAUAAGCAAUAUAUUCUGCCGAUUUCUGCAAAGAAUCAAACUUCUCUCGAUCAACUGGAGAAGCAGAUUCUUUCUGUCAUUCCGGUGACAGAUGUGCCCGUCAGCAGCAUUGCAAGUGCAUUGGCCAACAACCGUUCCCACUUUCCAAUUAGAAACGCUCUAAUCGUAUCGAGUUCCGGAAGAGUUUUGUCUAAAGUUGCCGGAAAGCCUCAACGUGUUGCGAAAAAAAAUAGAUUCCGUGUCAAGAUUGGAGAGGACCUUCUUGAUGCAUGUCUGCUCCAAUACGACGUCAUCAAUGAGAUGUACACUGUUGCCGCACUCAAGAAUACGAAAUCGUUCGCUUUGAAGUUUGCGGUCAUCAAGUUCCUAACAUCUCUUUCCGAACAUAUUGAAGUCGUUGCCACUGAUUCAGAAGAGUUGCUCGGUGUUUUACUCAAUGACGGCUUGUUGAAGUGGGACAAAUUUGACAAGAACCUGCUUGAACUGCCAAUUGGAAGCCUUCUUAAUGAACUGGCGGAGCGAAACCUCAACAACACCAACUGCCCUGCUAUCAAAUGCUACCAAGCACAACCGGAAUCUACGAAGAUUGAAAACCCAAUGGAAAUGCUGAAAAUGAUUGUCAAUCUGUACGUUACUGGAUAUGAUUUGGACUGGAGUACGGUCUAUACUCCAGUCGACCAGUUUGUUGCUCUCCCGAACUACCAGUUCAACAAACAAUCGUUGUGGUUUGAAGACCGUGGAGAGAUUGUGGACCAUUAUCUGAUUGGAACUGUUGACGAGGAAACUGAUGACACUCUGGUUAUGAAGAAUCAAAUAGCCGAACUCAGACAUCCACAAUUCUUUAAGGGAAAACCUCUGGAUGUUGGAACUAUUAUGGAAAUCGCCAUCGAGGCACUAAAAGUGCGCAACGAGAUUCCAUUCUCCGUACAGAAUCUGACAACAACACAAAUCACCCUGGAGAAACCUGUUUGGCUGAAAACGGUUGUUACGAAAGACGAGGACGACGAGGGAUUCGAAGUGAAGGGAUAUGUGGAUGAGAAAGAACUGUUUUCUUUGACUGCCGGAUCGUUUGAACCUGAAGACAUUGAACUUCCUCCGGUGGAAGUGCAGAUUCCAGACAAAGUGGUUCAUCUGAAGGAGUGUCCGAGUGCUGUGAUCAGAAGACAUCGCAACCUGGUUUACGUGGACUCGAGAGCCGAACCUUCUCCGUUCCGAACUGCAAACAUUGUGCUCAACGAAAUCAUUGGAUUCACUCCAAAUCCAUCUGACAUGUUCUUGGAAAUUCUCGGAGUUCUACCGGAUGUCUACUACAUGGUCCAGGUGGACGAUGGGGCACUUUGGCAAUUCCAGGUAUACAUUCCGUUUCAUAAGUAUAGGGCCACCCUUAAAAUUGAAUAUAUCGUCUUUCCCGAACAUCCCCCCCCCCGGAUUCAGCAUCCGAUUUUCAAGGUCCUGGCUUCGUAUUUUGUUUGGGAAAGACAAUAUAUUCAAUUUUAGGGGUGGCCCUAUACUUAUGAAACGGACAAUGAGAAAUUGAAACGUUAUUGCAAACACCUUAUUUUCAGAUGUUCUCUCAAGAGAAAGUCCUUCUUUCGAAUAUUUAUGUAUUGAAAGAUGCUAAAGGACUCGAGAUUCCAACAAUCAGAAUGCACAAAAAGUCCACACUGCUUUCCUCUCAAGAAUCCAAUGCAAUUGCUUCAAAAACUCUUCAAAUGGACAUUCAAUACAAAGUGAGCAGUUAAAAUUAUUUAAAUUCAGAGAAAAAAUUUUUAUAGGUUCGCUGUGCGUUCAAUGACGUUAUCGAUUCCGGAUUGGAUAUUGAUGAAAGUCAAAUGAGCACUGGUUUCUCUGAACUCGGAAUGGAUUCUCUGGCAACGGUUGAUCUGCUCAAUCGCCUUAAUCAAAAGUACUUCCCGGAAAUCGAAUUGACCACCAGCGAUCUGUUUGACAAUCCGAACAUUGUUGACCUGUCGGUUUUGAUCGAGCAACUUUUGAACGAGAAAGGUAUCACGCUGCCCUCCGAGACACCCACUUCAAAGUUAUCUCUCCGUGAACGGAAGCUAUCGAUUCCAGCUAUCCGAGCACAAGAAUUAGCUCAAAUCGAGUUUGUGGAAAAGUACAACGCUCAACAAAAGGAACAGGAGAAAGCGUCUGCGAAAAACGAAAAAGUCGAGACUGAAGUUCAAGAAAAUUACCUCGAAACGUCGGUUGAUAGAACGGAUAUCAAGCGCAAAAUCUCAUCAGCUGUUUUUGAUUUGGCCACUGAAACUCUGACAGUUGAAGAUCUCGAGUUGAGAGGUUUCACCGAUCUUGGAAUGGAUUCACUCUCGAUUGUGGAUUUUGUGAAUCGUCUUAACGAGAAGUAUUUCCCCGGAGAUGAUAUAACUGCCAGCGACAUUUUCGAUUACCCGACUGUCAACGAACUCACCGAUCAUAUCACGAGAAAGAAGAGUAUGUGUUUGGACACUGCUAUUGUUGUCAAUGGAAAUGCUUCCGCUACUUCGGACAAAACAGAAAUUGGGAAUAAAGAAAUCGAGAAAGAAAUACUGACGCAGUCCUAUUUGCUCGUCGGAGAAGAGAGUGCGGUUUUCACCCCUUCCAUCAUUUUAACAUCAACUGGAUUGACUAUUCAACUAACGAAUUCAUCGAACGAAAAAGUUCUUCUUCAACUGAAUGCGGAUGGUGGCCAGGAAAAAGAUUUAGAGAAAGUUCUCAAUGGGGAAAACCGAAUUCUCAUUCGUCUUGACAAUUACAAUGAUUCUGUGGAAAAACUCUACAUGGCCCUUUUGCAUUUGAUGAAAUCUCUCUCCAAAAACCGAUCGAAAUGUCAUUUUGCUGUUUCGCGAAACUUCUCUAUUGGCAACUCCGUGGCUCGAGCCUUUAUAAAAACUGUUACCUCCGAGAAGUACCCUCUGAUCAGUUUUGAAUGGGACCAGAAAAUCCAACAAGUCAGUUUGAUCGAGUCCGACCAGCAGAUUACUGGUUCCUGGUUGAUUACUGGUGGACUGAGUGGAAUCGGAUUUGAAAUUGGAAGAUAUUUGGCUGAGAACGGUGCCGAGAAUGUUAUUCUCAUAAGUAGAAGACAACCAAGCGCUGAAGUUCUGAAAGAGAUCAGCAGCUGGAACGCAAAGGUGAACAGUUUUUUUUAUUUUUAUCUUUUCCAGUAACCGCUCUGUUUUCAGGUUCACACUAUUGCCGCGGACAUCAGCAACAAGAAAACACUAAUUCAGGAAUUGACCCGUCUUCAGGUUAAAGUCACAGGAAUCAUUCACUCUGCUGGAGUUCUCAAGGAUUCAAAGAUCGAGAGACAGACCAAAGACUCUUUCAAUCAAGUUUUCAAGCCCAAAGCUGAUGGAUUCCACGUACUUGAAGAAAUCGAAACGCAACUGAAUUUCAAGGUCUUACUUUGUUUUUCUGUCUCUCCCAACUUUUAUUCUUCCAGAUUGACAACUUCAUUAUGAUGUCAUCGUUCACGUCUGCAUGUGGAAAUGAAGGUCAGCUCAAUUAUGGAGUGGCCAAUGCGUAUCUGGAGCAUCAAGUCCAUCGCCGCCGUCAGCAGGGCAAGUCCGGAUGCGCCAUUCAAUGGGGAAACUGGAUUGAUACCGGAAUGGCUACAAACGCUCAUGUCCGCAAGUUCCUUGUCGAUCUCGGAUUUCUGGGUCAGCACAACACUAACGCGCUGAAGUAUCUGAAGGCUUGCAUCGAAAAGAAACCCGAGUUGAUUAUGGUGGCUAACGUCGAUUGGAAAGUGAUCCUGAAGAACCGUCAAGAUUUGCCCAGAGAUCUUAUCAGAGAUGGCAUUUUCCCUUUUGAAAAUGUUGUAGUUCGAAAUGUGGAAAGCGAAAUGUCCCCUGCGCUUUCGGCUGACCCAGUUGACUUUGAAGAAGUGUCCAUCAACGUCGUCGUCGAAGAUGAGGAAGAAGUGUUGGAUCUGAUAAAGGACAAGAUUUCGACAAUGCUGAAAUGUCCUCCAAGCCGAUUGAAAAACAACAAGAGCAUUAUGGACAUUGGAUUGGAUUCCAGACUUUUGACAGAAUUCAUCCACUUCGUCAAUGCAACAUUCAAAACCAAACUGAACCUUUCCGACGCAUACAACUAUUCGACGCUUGACAAACUCGCAAGCCACAUCUGGGAGAAACUGUCUGCUGUUGAUUUCGAGUCGGACGGCAAUAAUGAGAAAUCUGUACCUGAAAUCAAGGAAUUGAAUGACUUUUGUCCGGUGUUUGGAGUGAAUGUCUUCUUCGACAAGAAAGAAGAUUUUGAAAAGGCAAAGAAUGAAGCAAUCAAGCUACUCGAGACAGGAAGAGCUCUGCCAGUUACUGGGAAGUUUGCCAUUCCAGCGGUUGGAUCUUCUAUUGCCGACGUCAUCACCAAAAUCAAAGCGACAACACCUCAACAGACCAGAACCUGUCAAGACAAAUCAAAGUGCGUUCUGAUGCUGACUGGACAAGGAUCUCAGUACCCAAUGAUGGGAAGACAAUUGGUUGAGAACUAUAAAAUCUUCCGUGUCACUUUGGAGUCUUGCCUGAAAAAGUGCGAUGAGUACCUGCAAGGAGAAGUCAGUCUCUGGGAGAUUCUGUUCAACACCGAUCACUACAAACUGCUGCAAUUAACAAAGCAUAUGCAACCGAUCAUGUUCUGUUUUGGCUACGCAACUGCUCAAUUAUGGUUGUCGCUCGGAAUUGUGCCCGAUUAUUAUCUGGGCCACAGUGUGGGAGAGCUCGUUGCUGGAGUGCUUGCCGGAGUCAUGUCAAUCGAAGAUGGACUUCGUUUGAUUGUUGAACGUGGAAAGGCCAUGGAGAACACUGCCGGUCUGGGAGCAUUGCUUGCUGUUCAACGAGAGAUUGCUGAUGAUGUUCUGAGAAAAUUCCAAGUCUGCGUGGCGACCGUCAACAGCCCAAAACAAGUUGUUUUCGCAGGGACAAAAUCAGAGCUAGAUGCGGCAUUGGCAUUUGUGAAGGGGAAAGGUAUGCGCGCGCGCGAUAGCAGGUCCGAUAAUAAUCCGCUUUGCAGGCAAACAAGGCACGUAUGUCAACCAACUAUACCCCUUCCACUCCAAUCUUAUCCAAGAGUCUCAUCUAGCGGGACUGCGAAAAUGCCUUGAAGAUAUAACAUUCCGGCAAGGAACGACGCCGUUGGUCAGCAAUGUGACUGGGCAGAUUAUAAACACGUUUUCAGAAGCAUACAUCAUCAAGCACACAGUUUCGGCGGUCAAGUGAGACUCUUUUGAAAUGUUUUUUUCCGCAGAGGGUUCUCUUUCAGAUUUGUGAAUUGUGUGGAAACACUCAAAGAUGCAGGGGUUACGGUCUGGAUCGAUGCUGGACCCGCUGCCGUGCUUGCUACUUUUGUGAAGAGAAUUAUUCCGUCAGCUGAGCUUUCUACGCACCAUAUUGUGCAAACAUGCAAGGAAAAGGACUCGGACGUCGAAAGUCUCGUUCAAGCCUGUCUCGAGCUCGAACAAUCAGGUGUUUCUGUAACUUGGUCGAAACUCUAUGGAUGUCUGGAUGAUGACAAUGAUUUCCUAGUGGAGUUUCCUGUCCUUCAAAGGCAUAUCAUCCAAGAGGAUGAGUUUGAAAUCCUCGAGGGACACCGACUCAACGGAAGAAUCAUUGUUGCCGGCGCCUAUCAAAUGUUCAAAAUGGACCAGCUUGUGAAGUCAAGAGCUCUCGGACUGGAUCUCGUGUUGCGAAACGUGAAGUUUGUGAAGCCUUGGUAUAUCGAAGACAGCAAGGAAUUCGAAAUCCGUUGGAGCUCAAACAUGGCAAUAGAGCUCAUUGUGAACUCGGUCAUCGUCUGUUCCGCUAGGGUUGAGGUGAAGGAAGAAGCAUUGAAGGAGCAAAAAAUUGGGGAAAACGAGCAAUCAUUUGACGUUCAUGAGUUCUACGAGGCGUUGUACAGGAAUGGGUUGCAGUAUGAAAGCGGAUUUAGAAGAAUGGAAAACGCGAAAAGAUCGGACCGACGUUGUUUUGCCAAUCUUAAAUCUUCUCCAUUCGCCUGGCCACUUAUUGACUCCGCAAUGCAUUCGAUCACUGCGAGCGUGAUUGUCCGUCGUCCAGACUCUUACUUCCUGCCAGUCGCCAUGGGAUCCGUCAGUUUGAAGAACGGAAACUUCUUCAAGCAGCCCAACCUCCACGCUCAAACCGUCAUCACUUCUGAAACGGAGAAGUUCAUUCAAGUCAACGUCCUCCUGUUCGCCGGGAACAAAAUCAUUUGCGAAGUGAAGAGCAUGACGAUUGUUGUACUGAAACUGGUGCCUGCUGUGACCCCCACUCCAACGCCCAAUGUCAAUGAAAGCUUGGAUGCUGUCAAGGACAGCAAGUCGGAGAUUCAAAUAGUAGGCUUUGAUAUAACUUUGCCGUAUAAUCAAAUCAGCACGAAUAGUGAAAGCUGGCAGUUUUUGAAAUCAAACCGAAUAAAGCAAAAACUGCGUAUUCGCCACGCCAAAGAAGAGAAUGCUCGCGUUUCGUUGCUUGAUGCAGAUGCUCGUUCUUGGGAUCCAGAGUACUUCGGAAUCCGACCGAGUGAAGCUCAAUUCUUGGAUCCCCAACAGCGAUUGCUUCUAACAAGCGUCGCUAAACUUCUCGAUGUUUCGCUUCUUUCCAGCUUGCCAAGCAACACAGGUGUCUUCAUCGGAUGUUCCACUUACGAAUUCUCGCAUGUCGUGUACGCCCAUGGAUACAAAGACCCGAGACCUGAGUGGGGUGGUGGAACCUCAAAUUCGGCUCUUGCUGGUCGUAUCGCUCACUGGCUCAAACUCAAAGGGCCCGUUGCCACAAUCGAUACAGCUUGCUCAUCUUCUUUCCAUGCUUUGUCGCUUGCUUGCGACGCUCUCCAAUCCGAAAAGUGCGAAUUCGCUAUUGUCGGCGCUGUCAACUUAGUUUUGCAUGAAAUGACUACCGACGUGCUUCAAAACGCUCGAAUGACUGUUCUUGAUUUCUGCAAAGCUUUCGAUGUUGAUGCUAAUGGCUACAAACGCUCCGAAGCAGUUUGUACUGUUCUACUGUCAAAGUCUCACAAGUCCAGGAGUGUUGCUUCUAUUUCUGGCUGGGCCAUCGGGCAUAACGGGAACAGUUCAUCUCUGUUCACUCCAAAUGGCAAAUCACAGUUGGAAAUAAUGCAGAGCGCAAGUAAAAGUGUAUAUGCUGAUGACAUUGUCGGUGUAGAAAUGCAUUGCACUGGAACCAAACUGGGAGAUCCGAUUGAAGCAAAUGCAGUUGCGAAACUACUUGGUCCAGGCUCUGAGUGCUCAAUCAACAGCAUCAAAUCAAACGUUGGUCACUCUGAAGGUGCCAGUGGUCUCAUAUCUCUAUGCAGUUUGCUCAUGGCAUUCCAGUGCAAAUACAAACCGGCCCAACUCCAUCUGAAGUGUCCGAACGAAGUGAUUCGCGGCAGUCAUAUGAAGUGCAAGUUUGUUGGAGAAGAACUGCAACUAGACAAGAAUUCUGCUUUUGUGAUCAACAAUUUUGGAUUCACCGGUUCUAAUUGCAGUGUUCUCGUCAAACCAAAUGAGCUUCAAGAAGUUGUUUCAGUCUGUGAACCGCAAGCCAUUUUCUACCCAAUGUGUUUAUCGGCACAUAAUGUCGAAUCUUUAAAAAAGUUCACAAGCCAGUUCUGCGAUUAUGUCACCUCAUCGGAUGCUUGUUUGGAGGAUAUUAUGCAGAGUUUGCUGCGGAAGAAGGUCCAUGUUCAUCGUCAUUUCAUCAUCUACAACUACAAGCGACAAAUUGUUACUACUAGUCGGAAUGGUAUUCGUUUGGGAGAUGAUGAGCGACUAGACCCCAUUAUAAGAAAGUGCUCAGCCUUCGUGAGAGAAGGAAAGAACCUGUUUGAAAAAAAGCCACGACAGCGGCAUGUUGUACUGCCGCCAGUUGUCUUCAAGAACACUCUUCACUGGAAUCUCAAACCAUUUCACGAUGAGAUCGAUGGUAUUCGUGAAGAAACUUUCAAGGCGAUUUUCUACGAGAAAACAUUGGUGGAGAUUCCAAUGACAGAGAGGAAUAUGUUGGAAAACGUCGUUUCGUUAGGGAAGAUCGGAAACUUUAAGCAAAUUCAGAUGUCUGACGUCAGCAAGUUUAAAAACGGUGUAAUUGUGUUUCAUCCUCUUGAGAGCAACAUCGAUGAGUUCAUGAAACUCGUCAAGAUUUGGGAUAUGGUCACUCUGGAAAAGGACGUCAUUAUUAUUGUAUGCUGCUGGAAAAACUCAACGUCGUACACGGAAUGGACUGGAACAUUACGUUCCUUGGCUGCUGAGAAGCUGAUUCCAUACAAGUUUAUGUCUGUUGAAUGUUUGGAGGAAUUGGAGUAUGAGUGCAACCGAAAUGAUCUUUAUGAAUGCAUCUUCAUCGUCAAAAGAAGACGGCUUGUGGAAAGAUUGAAGAAAGUCACUCCUCAUCGUAAAUUAAGACUAGAACUCGAAGAUGCACUCAUUUCUGGUGGUACCGGGGGCAUAGGAAACGCUGUACUUGAAGAAUUGAAACCAAGAAACGCCUUUGUAAUUUCCCGAGUGAGCAACGCUUUGAAUGAUGGUAGAACUUACUUAAAGUCGGAUGUUCAAGAGUUCAAAAGUGAAAAAACGUUUGACAAUGUAUUCCAUUUUGCGGGAUUAGUUGACAAUUGCUCACACUCCAAGAUGACUGAAGACCGUGUUGAAAAGCUAGUCGCAGUCAAACUCCAUGGUGCCAGAAAUCUUUCCAAAUGUUGCUCUUCGUCUGGUCAGUUCACAUUUUCUUCCUCAAUUGCCUGCAUUCUCGGAUCAUUUGGUCAGUCGAACUACACGUUUGCCAACGGAUUGGUCACUUCGUUCUUGGAAUCAAACCCCAUCAAAUCAAGUAUUGUUUAUUGGGGGCCAUGGAAAAAAGUCGGCAUGCUAUCCCGUCCUGAAUGCUCCGAUAUCAGCAAGCAGAUCGAGGCAGGUGGGUGGAAACCGUUGUCAAAUUCUGAUGGACUUUCUGUCUUUUCCACGGAAUUUUGGGCUCCAAACAAACAAAUAAUCGUAUUCGAUGGUGACUUCGAGAACAUUGUAUCUCGCCAACCGCACCUUUCGAACUUUCUGUCUGAAAUUGUGAAAGUGAAAGUUGCUGAUAUUCCUCGAAAAAGUGGAAACGAUUUUGAGUCAAUCUUUCUGGAUAUUGUGGGAAUCAAGAAUAUGGAUAGCAAAAAAAAUAUGCCAUUCAUGGAUCUUGGAAUUGAUUCUCUCUGCAUGGACAACUUGCGUCAUACUUUGAAUCUGGAGCUCCGACUAGAAUUGUCGGUGUCCGAAAUGUUUCAGAACGCAACGUAUCAAAAGCUGGGUGACUACGUGGCGAAGAUCAUGCCGUCAAUAAAAAUUGAGGAGGAAACAACUGCUCCAAGAUUUUCUGCCAAGGAGAUCGAGGAAAAGGAUGAACGAGUUGCAGUGAUCGGAUGGAGUGCAGAGUUUUCGGGAGCUGACAACAUUGAGCAAUUUUGGAAGAAUUUGCUUGACGGCGUUGUUUCGACAACAAGUGACAGUCUUCUGAAAUCUCCAUUUGGCUUCGACAACACGUUUUUCAAUAUCACCGACGAAGAUGCAAGGAUGUUGGAUCCGCAGGUGAGAAAGUUCAUUCAACAUGCCUACUUGGCGCUGGAGAAUGCUGGCUACGCGGAGAGACGUAGUGACUUGAAAUGUGCAGUUUUUGCUGGAGCUGAACCAUCAGACUAUGGGAAUGCGGAAGAUCAAGAAGAUGCGAUGAGGAAGUUAUUUGUGAAGAAUAUGAACAACUACCUGGCCACGUAUGCAUCCUACUGCCUUGAUUUGAAAGGAGAAGCCGUUUCCGUCUACAGUGCCUGUUCGACAACAUUGAUUGCCGUGACUAGUGCUGUCAAAUCAUUGCUCACGAAUUCUAUUGACUAUGCGCUUGUGGGAGCUGCAUCGAUAUCAGAGGGUUCGGAAAGUAUGGAUGGUCGGCGUGAUGUUAAGAAAACUAUUUUUGCGAGAUCUGGAGUCUGUCGGCCAUUCGAUAAAGAUUCCGAGGGGAUUGUGAGAGGAUCCGGUGUUGGCUGUCUGGUUUUGAAGAAAUAUUCAAUGGCUUUGGCUGACGGGGACAAUAUCCAUCUAGUGAUCAAGGAUUUUGCAAUCAGCAACGACGGAUUCUCUCGAGCAAGUUUCAUGGCACCGAAUCCUGCUGGACAACUGAAAUGUAUGACGGAAGUGUUGGACCGUCUCACUGAACAGGAAAAAUCGAGGAUUGAAUUCGUUGAAUGUCACGCAACCGGCACCACUCUCGGAGACACUAUCGAGCUGAACUCUCUGAGAACUGCCUACUAUUUCAAAUCGAAGAUUUCAAUUGGAUCCUGCAAGGCGAACAUCGGUCAUGCAUAUGCUGCCUCCGGACUUGCGGCUCUUAUCAAAUGUGCAAAAAUGCUCCAAACAGGCGUUGUACCUCAUCAAGUGAACUUUUCUGAAUUCCGGGAGAACUCUUCGAAGUUAUUCAAUGUUUCAACAAGAUCGUCAUUUAUUCGUCAAGAUUCACUAAUUGGUGUGGACUCAUUUGGUAUUGGGGGUACUAAUGUUCACAUGAUCGUCGAGUUACCGCCAAAAGACCGCAGAGAGAUGGAUAAAAACAACGUUACAAGAGAAGUAAUGCUGCCGAUAUCUGCCAAAUGCAAAUCUUCAUUAAACGAAAUUCAAAAACUGCUUCAAAGUUACUUAAAAACUGGUUCUCACGCUCUUGACAUUCAGUCCAUCCAGUCGACACUCUUGAAUCAAAGGGAACGGAUGGAUCAUCGAUCUUACCUGGCAGCGUCCAUCGGAACGGGAACAAUCCAAUUGUCCCAGGGAAAACCGAUAAAGAUCACCAAAAAAUCUCCAAACAUUGCAUUGUUUUUUGCUCCUCAAGGCUUGCAGUAUCCAAAAAUUCUUCCUCUUGAAAAGGACAGUCAGUUCAAAAACGCCAUCAUCAAGCUCUGUGAAUCUGCAAGAAACGUAGGUAUUCCUUCCUUCGAAAAAGUUCUAAAUCCCACCAACUUGAUUGACGUCGAAAUCAACGCGACUCGAAACGCGCAAGUUGCUCUCUUCAUUCAAUGUAUGGCCAUCUUCAAGACAUUGAGUCGAGUGCUGUCGCCGAAAAUGUUAAUUGGACAUAGCGUCGGAGAAUACGCUGCUGCAGUGGUCGGAGGAGUGUUGGAUGAAGAAAAUAUGAUGAAGCUACUUUGGAAGCGAUCGGAGCUAAUCGAAAGGACUGAGAGUGCUCGAAUGCUGAUGGUUUGGAACUACAACAAGACAUUACCUGAAGGUCUGAUGGUAUCCGCUAUUGUGGACGCAUCUAUCAAAUGCGUAGUUGGUCCUGUGGGCGACGUUGAAAAUUUUGAACGAGAACUAAAAACGUCUCAAGUCAAGUAUCGUGUUGUGGAAACUACCCACGGAUUCCAUUCGCAAAUGAUGCAGCCGAUUUCGUCACUUUUCAAGGACCUAUGCAGAUCCCAAUCGUUUAAGCAGUCAGCUGUACCAAUAAUCUCUAGCAUCACUGGUCAAGAAAUCGGAACUUUCGAUGCCUCCUACUGUGAGAAGCACUUGAUCAAUCCUGUCAACUUGUCCAUUGUUGUGGACUAUCUAAUACAAUCGGACAUUGAUGUUGUUGUGGAGAUCGGUCCCACUGGAGUUUUAUCAAAUUUGUUGGCAAGUAAGAACUCAAGAAUUGUUGUGAUUCCUACCUGUGGAUCGAAGAAGCAUCCGAAAGCUUCGUUAUCGCAUUGCGUAGGCCAACUAUGGUGCCAUGGAGUGGAUGUACGUCCCUUGUAUGAGAAAGUCGGUAUCGAUGGAUCCCUUCCGGGUUACUGCUUUGACGAAAAGCAGUUUCUCAAGUCUGUGCAAAAAGUUCAGCAGAAAAAAAAGAAGCAAGACCAUUUCCUCCAAAUGUAUGCUGAAAACUGGAUUCCGAAAAGUGUUGAACUUCAUUCCUCCUCACCGAUAUUUUGUGUGUUUGACGGUUCUACAAAACCGAGCAACUCAAAAAACGUGUCUACAUUGGCGUACGUAAUGCAAGAAACGAUCGACGUUCAUGAACACUUUUUUAAUGUUGAGAACUUCUUGAAAACUCCCAAUCAUUUCGAAACCAUUAUUUUUGUCGCAUCGGUCGAUUCCCCAAGUGUUCACUUGGUUUUGGGCCUCCUACGUUGCUACCGACUGCUGACAGCGAAAAGACUCGUCUAUGUCGAAAAUAUUUAUGAUCUCCCACUACAAAGUGUUGUCGCUUCCGCUUUGAUUUGUGACGGAUUCCAUUUUUGUGCUACGGAAUCUGAAUUUUUUGAGCACGAAUUCUUGCCGUUACCAUUUGACAAGUUAUCAGAAAGAAAACCGGAAGGAACAGCUGUUGUGUUUGGCGCUAAUGGGUUCGUCGGAGAAGAAAUAUCAAACUUUUUGAUAUCUCAUGGAAUCGUAGUAGUUCGAGUGUCAAGAACAUCCCAUCAUUUCUGUGAUAUUACUGACGAGAACGACGUCAAGACUUUGUUCGAGCAACUGAAGUUCAAUCGUUUCACGUUCGUUGUGAAUUGUGCUGGAAAAGAAUCAGCUAGCCAGAUCAACAAGUCAACUGAAGAGCAAAAAUCCGUCCUGUCCGCCAAGACAAUCGGGAAUUUGAACGUUUUGAAUUAUUUAGAGCUAAACGGAAUUACAGUGGACAAGUACGUUGCUUUCUCGUCACUCAGUUCUGUUAUACCACUUCUUGGGAAUGAGGAUUACGCAAGUGCUAACUGUUUUGUGGAAUCUCUCACCAGAAAAGAGUACAAGGCAAUAAAGGAGAUGCUCACUUUAUCACUUCCACCGAUUCAAGAGAGCAGAAUGUACGAACAUUCAACUAGUUCCACGAAGAAAAUGCUCGAAACAGUGUCCAUAAACCGCACUGAACUGCGUAAAGUAAUCGAAACUGCUUUCAUGACUGAUUUGCACGGAGUAGUGUUUGUAUCUCCAGAGAAUCCGACAUCGCUUGCCAGGAAAAGUUUGGAUUAUCAUCGAACCAAUGAGAAUGGCAACGAAGUAAAAGUCAAUAAACUGGAGCACGCCGACGAAACAACUGAACAGUCCGUUGCCCGGAUUUGGAUCGAGACUCUCGGCGGAUCCCUGGAUAUUCACAGUUCCUCAAAUUUUUUCGCCCUUGGAGGAGAUUCAUUGAGCGCUCUUCAAGUUGUUUGGCAAGUCAAGAAGCAAAUUGGGAAGACAGUUCAAGUGAAUGAUCUUUUCGAUAAUCCUACACUGCAAGAGUUCACUUCUAUCAUUGACCGAGUCAAAAGAGAGUUGUCCGGUUCCACUGAUGACGCGAUUGUUGAUUUUGAUGUCAUUCCUCUGACUUUCGCCCAAACUCAAAUGUUCAUGCUCCGACAUAUCGAUGUCACCUCCAAGUACAAUGUUAUUUUCCAGAUCAAUAUUCGGUACACUGCCAAAUUUGUCUGGAAGUACUUAAAAUACUCCGUGUUAUCUCUCAUAGCGUAUCAAACGACCUACCGGAGUACUUUUGAGAAUUCAACCGAACCUCGUCAGAAAGUUUGUUCCCUCACUGAAAGUUUUCACAAUCUUGACAAAAGAUGCGACCUAGCAGCGGCUGUUUCUCAUGAACAAGAACAUCAAUUCGAAAUUGUAAAGAUGACACCGUUACGAGUACGAAUCGCAGAGGACUGCGAUAACAGUCGAAUUCACAUCGUCUUCAAUCAACAUCAUAUUCUCACCGACGGAUGGUCGAUGACUGUGCUUGCUAAUACCAUUAACAGUCUCUACAACGCGUACGUUCGAAACGACGAGUUUCCCAGGAAGACGAAUCAAACGGUGGCAAAGGUGGCGCUGAAAGAACAACGUGAGAUUGAGAGAUUGUCGAAUCUUAUGAAUGCAGCUGUGGAUUAUUUCAAAGAUGGAGAACACUCGGUCAUUCCUUACGACAACUCGGGUGUUACGGUCGAGGAUCAUCAACGGUUCACUAAAACUAUUGGAAAACGGAUAUGGGACAAAGUUGUCAAGUUGUCGAAAUAUCACAACACAACCAUCUACAACGUUACCCUGGCAGUGUUUUGUGAUUGUAUCCGAUCAUUCACAGGACAGUCCGAAACGAUGUUUGCGUAUGCCAGCUCUGGGAGAAACGGCGACAACUCGGAGCUCAUCGGAUACUUCAUGAACAAUGUGCUGUUCAAAGUCAAUAUUCUCCAUGACAAAGUAUGUUUUGCUGAAAUCCUAGACAGCGUCUCCACAUCGUUAGAUUUUUCAAGAAAGUACUCAUCAGUUCCAUUCCAUAUGAUUGUCCAACAAUGUCGGGCACUAAAUUCCGUUUCCAUAUUUUUCAACUUCCGUCAGAAACUGGAUUACCCGACAGUUUCGAUUCCUGGCGCUGAAUGCGAGAUCAAACACAUUUCUCUGAAUAACGCGUUCGACUUCUCAUUUACCAUCGAUGAAACCCCCACUGGUACAGUGCUCUCAAUAGACUACGACGGAGCAAAGUACUUGAAGUCAACAGUCGACAUGUUUUCCGAAAUGCUUCUGAGAAAGUUGAACGGUUUGAGAGGAGAAAACCGAAUUGCGCCUGUUAUUAGAGCCGACCACCCUUUGCCGCUUAUUAAAAACGAUUUGUUGGCGACUUGGAAGCAGUCUUUGGAGCCCGCUCUUCUUUCUACAUCAAGAACCAUGACUUUCUUGGAGUUAGCGGACAAAGUUGAAUUAACUGCUGCAAGAAUACAGAAACAAUUCGUCACUGAAAAAGUCAGUGUGCUGCGUGAGGAUGAGUUGGUAGGACUGGAUUCGUCUCUGGGACCGAUUGCAUUGCUGGCGUGUUCAUUCCUCGGAGUCGUUUAUGCCCCUAUUGACCCUACAUGGCCAGAACAACGACAAAGGCACGUGAAAAGCAAGAUCAGUAUGAUGUUCUAUCCGGACAUUAUACUGUCCCGCCAGAAAAUCUUCCGUCUCCGCACCCAUUUUGGAGGAAUUUAUUCAAUCUUCACCAGCGGAUCGACGGGAGUCCCCAAAGGAGUGCUAAUGGCGGAACACUCGGUCUGCUCAUUUGUGACAUCAGCAACAAAACAAUGCAUGUUCCGCGAGAAAGUGCGUGUUCUCGACUCUGUCAAACAGGUGUUUGAUGUCAGUGUAUCAAACAUCUUUGGAGCCCUUCUGAACGCCGGCGUUCUCAUCGUUCCCGAAAUGUCAACAACAAUAACCGAAGAACUGCAAACGUGUCAAUAUGCUUUUCUGCCGUCCGCCGUGUUCAAUGGAUUGACCAUCGAAACAAUGCAAAGACUUUGGAACAUUGAGACGUUGACAGUUGGUGGAGAGACCGUAUCCGAUGCAGCCAUCCAAGAUGUGUUCAAAGUCUGUCCGCACUUAAAACUCAUUCAAAUCUACGGUCCCACAGAGACUUGUGUCUGGUCUCUCACAAAUCGGUGCAAACCUUUCAUGGACAGGCUUGGGUCAAGACUUGGAAAAGUCAUGGAUAAUGAAACUUGCAACGUGAGAAAUGAGUAUAUUCGCGGAGACCUGCAAAUCAGUGGGACCUCAUUGGCAAGAGGUUAUUUGACCUCUGAUCCUGUCGGUUAUCCGUUUUCAAAUGCGUACUCAACCGGAGACAUUGUCGAUAGCAGAUCUGGGACCAUUCACUACAUUGGCAGAUCUGACAAUCAAAUCAAGUGGAAAGGCGUUCGAAUUGACUUGGCUGAACUCGAAAAAGAAUUAUCUUCUUGCUUACGCUUGCCUCAAGUGAUUUUGCUUUUCUCGAGCCAACUGCUCAUCGCUUUUUUGGUUGGAUCCGCGCAAAACUUGCAGCACGCCGAGCUUAUCAACGAUUUGAAAAAUCGUUCUCAAAUACCAGAUCACUUUGUUCAAAUCGACACGAUGCCUCUGAAUUCCAGCGGUAAAAUCGACAAACCGCUUCUAUUACAGGCUUUUGAGCAAGUGCGAAAGUCGUACAAACGAGAUAUGGUCCCCAUGGAAAACUCUUUGGAGGAAAAGGUAAUUCAAACAGUAUCUUUCAAAAGGAAAAUAUCAUUGCAGAUCAACAAAGCAACUUCCGAUAUUGUCGGUCAUAAAACGAAUCUUUCGGAGAAGUUCACAUGUGUCGGGGGAAAUUCUCUUUCUGCAAUCCAACUCGCUCACCGGUUGACCGAAGAACUCAAGUUUGAAGUCAAAGCCCACGAUAUUCUCCAGUCGAACAAUCUGAAGGACCUGGCAAAAGAUCUUGCCCAAAACGUUGAGCGACCAAGUUCCAAUACGCCGAAUGUGAUCACAAAGCUAAGAGAGGUCAGUCCCUCACUCAUACUUAUUUUUUAAAUUUACUAAUUCUCAGGUCCCCGGCUCAAAGUUCAACAUCUACCUUGUCCACGCAAUUGGCGGAACCAUCUACCCGUACUACUCAUUCCUACAAAUCUUCCCCAAGAACAUCUCGCUCUACGGAAUUGAAUUCGAUUUGAAGUAUCCUUCUGGGGAUUUGAGAGAACUUGCUCAUUUCUAUGCCCAAGAGGUAACGAAAGUUCUUUAUAAGAACGAUCAAAGUUCUGUUCCACAGAUUGCUGCACAUGCUGGACAGAAAAGAAUAUUUGUGAUGGGACAUUCUAUGGGAGGAAUCAUGAGUCGCGAGAUUGUCGCCGAACUCAAGAUUUGGGGAUACGAUAUUCCGUUUGUCAUUCUGUUCGACUCGUGGGUCCUUCGCACAAAUGAAUUGGACAUUGAAAACAUCAAAAAGUUCAUCACUGUGAGUAAAGUAAACACUUCAAUUAUUCAUGAAAUUAAUACAUUUUUAGUACGUCUUCUCCGGACUUCCAGACAGCGAACAUCGCAUUGACAGAGCGGUUUACACUUCUUAGAUUAAAAGUAAAAAAUUAAAGUGAAUUUCAGAUCAAACUUGCUCAACUUCUCCGUGAAUACAAAACGUCGAUUUCCGACACCAAGCUGUACUUGUUCAAGAGUAAACAACUUGGAGAUGCUGCUUUCAAAAAGGCUGUCAGGUACAAAACUUAUGCUUCAUGACCUGUAAUAAUCUUUUUUUUUCAGAACUGAUUUGAACGAAGAACUUUCGAGAUCGAUGACAUGCAAUGGAUUCGAUGAACUUUCGCUUCAACCUAUUGAAACUCACCUGGUAAAUAGUCUAAAAAUCUAAAAAAUAAUCUUCUUUUCUCAUUCAGAUCGACGGUGACCAUGAAUCGUGUCUCAAAGUCGAAAACUUGAAGAAAGUGAAGAAUCAGAUUCUGGCUCCCUUCCAGCCUUAUCUUUAA